CCAUUUUCUGACAAGCUCUGAGAACAGAACCAAUAAGCUGAAGAAGGAAGCAGAGAAGUGCCAAGAAAUGCAGAAGAGGGAGACGGGGUGAGCGGUCCCUGGGUGAAGAGGUUUCAGCUGCAGCAGGAGAGACACCCAGAGGGACGGGGCCAUGUGGGUGCCCUCACUUCUGCUGCUCCUCUCUGUCCCAGGCUUCUCAUCUCUGAGUGGCCCCAGCACUGUGACAGGCCCUGAGGGGGGAUCCCUGAGCGUGCAGUGCCAGUACGAGGAGAAAUACAAGGCGUUUCCUAAAUACUGGUGCCGACAACCAUGCUUGCUACUUUGGAACCAGAUGGUGGAGACCAGAGGGUCGGAGGGAGAGGUGCAGAGUGACCGUGUGUCCAUCGUGGACCAUUCUGCAGACCUCACCUUCACGGUGACCUUGAAGAACCUCACUGCAGAUGAUGCAGGAAAAUACAGAUGUGGGAUCGCAACAAUACUGAGAGAAGAAGGACUCCACGGCUUCCUGCCAGACCUCUUUUUCCAGGUUCAAGUGUUUGUUUCCCCCAGGUCCCUGUCUGACCGCGUCCACUUCCUGCUCCUCAUAUUCCUGAAGGUGCCUCUGUUUCUGAUUAUGCUCAGUGCCAUCCUAUGGGUGAAUAGGCCCCAGUGGGCAAUUUGUGGGAAACAGCCUGAUGACAACGGCCUUCAGCCCUCCUUGCCCAUUGAUAUCCUGUCCAGAGACACCACUGCUCAGACUAGAGAAGGAGAAACUUCUGGCCCCAAACUUUAUUUCUCUUCUCACCUGAUCACCAAAAACUUGUAAAACAAAACAGA